AUGACCAAGGCCUUUGGCCACAUGAUGGCCACAUGCCCCAUGGACGUGCAAGCGUAUGGUGCCUGCGUGGCCAAGAUUGAAGGCGGCGUCAACCGCGACGCGUGUGCCAAGGAGUUUGCCAAGCUCAAGCUCUGCUUCGAGCACGCGGUCAAGGCCGCCAAGUAG